AUGGCGCUGCAGUUCGGCGGGGCGGGCGCGGCGGGCACGGCUGAGGAGCCGGCGUUGGUGGGGGGUAGCUUCGGGGCUGCGGACUCGUUCCCUAAGGACUUCGGCUACGGGGAGGAGGAGGAGGAGGCGGAGCUGGAGGGAGGCCCAGGGCCCGGCGGGCCCGGCGGCGGCGCGGGCGGGCCCGGCGGCGGCGCGGGCGGGGCGGACUCCAAGCCGCGGAUCCUGCUUAUGGGGCUGCGGCGCAGCGGGAAGUCCUCCAUUCAGAAGGUGGUGUUUCACAAAAUGUCUCCCAAUGAGACUCUGUUCUUGGAAAGUACCAACAAGAUCUACAAAGACGAUAUUUCCAACAGUUCAUUUGUGAAUUUCCAAAUAUGGGAUUUUCCUGGACAGAUGGACUUUUUUGAUCCAACAUUUGAUUAUGAAAUGAUCUUCAGAGGAACAGGUGCUCUAAUAUAUGUUAUUGAUGCCCAGGAUGACUACAUGGAAGCUCUAACAAGACUCCACAUUACAGUUUCAAAAGCCUACAAGGUCAACCCGGAAAUGAACUUCGAAGUUUUUAUUCAUAAAGUUGAUGGUUUAUCGGAUGACCAUAAAAUCGAAACUCAGAGGGAUAUUCAUCAGAGGGCUAAUGAUGACCUUACGGAUGCUGGGCUUGAAAAACUUCACCUUAGCUUUUAUUUGACCAGUAUCUAUGACCAUUCAAUAUUUGAAGCCUUCAGUAAAGUGGUACAGAAGCUCAUUCCGCAACUGCCAACGCUGGAAAAUCUACUAAAUAUCUUUAUAUCAAAUUCAGGCAUUGAAAAAGCUUUUCUCUUCGAUGUAGUCAGCAAAAUCUACAUCGCAACAGACAGUUCCCCUGUGGACAUGCAGUCAUACGAGUUGUGCUGUGACAUGAUUGAUGUAGUGAUAGAUGUUUCCUGUAUAUAUGGGUUAAAGGAAGAUGGCACUGGAAGUGCUUAUGAUAAAGAGUCAAUGGCAAUUAUCAAGCUCAAUAACACAACGGUCCUGUACUUAAAGGAAGUAACAAAGUUUUUGGCAUUAGUUUGCAUUCUUAGAGAAGAGAGUUUUGAGCGCAAAGGUCUGAUAGACUACAAUUUUCAUUGCUUCCGCAAAGCCAUUCAUGAAGUCUUUGAAGUAGGUGUUGCCUCCCACAGAAUCUGCAACCAUCAAUCAAGCGCCUCAAAUAUGAAAGCAGUGACUCACAAUGGCACACCUAGGAAUGCAGUCUAGAGGAAAACUAAAGACGUUGGAUAGACUUGUCAGCUCUUCACUCCAAAGUUUUGUGGAACAAGAGAAGAGUAGUCUGAAAGCCUGAAGUAUGUUUCACAGGAGAAGAGUGGUGCUAACUGUGGAACAGCAGCUUAUGACUCAUGUUGGACAACUGAAACUACUGUAAAAAUACUUUGAGGCCAGUGGAGUUAGAAAUGCCGGUUUGAAACCAGCUUUAUUGCAAGCGCAGUAGUUGUUCAGUUUGGAGUCCUAUUUUAACAGUCUGUCUCUGACUGAUUGCCCGGUCAAAACUUACAAAUGAUUGAGCUGAGUUUUGCGUGAAACACUGAAUAGUCACUUG